AUGGCGCGGGGCCAGCGGCGGCGCAGGGCGGCGCUGCCGAUCGGAGUCAAGUACGGCGCGAACGCGGACAACCUCCCGCCUGCGGCCUCCGUAGCAUCCUUCCUUGCCACCAAGACCACAAUCGACCGCAUGAAGCUGUUCGACGCGAACCCGGCGUUCCUGGACGUGUUCGCCGCCAACGCGCCCUCCAUCUCCCUCGCCGUCUCCAUCCCCAACUCCGCGCUCCCGUCCUUCGCCGACAGAUCCACGGGGCUGGACGCGGCGCGCGGGUGGGUCCGCGACAACCUGUCCCCGCACGUCGCCAACGUCACGCUCCUGCUCGCCGGCAACGAGGCGCUCCAGCUCGAGAACCUCCCCGGCGUCCUCGUCACCACGCCGCACUACCUGGGGAUCCUGGCUCCGUCCGACGGGAUCCCGUCCAACGCGCGGUUCCGCCCCGGGCUCGACACCAAGAUCCUGGCCCCCAUGCUCAGGUUCCACAACGACACGGGUUCCCCCUUCAUGGUGAACGCGUACCCGUACUUCAGCUACAACGCGGCGAACCUGAACUACGCGGUGUUCCGGCCCAACGCCGGCGUGUACGACCCCGGGACGCGGCUCAACUACACGAGCAUGUUCGACGCGCAGAUGGACGCCGUCUACACGGCGAUGAAGAAGCUCGGGUACGGCGAUGGCGGCGUGCAGAUCGCGGUCGGGGAGGCCGGGUGGCCAACCAAGGCGGAUGCGGGGCAGAACCAGAAGCCUGGCCCCGUUGCGGAGCGGAGUUUUGGCAUCUUCAGCACGGAUUUCACGCCCAAGUACGACCUCGGUCUCUUCGUCGAGGAUCGGCCAAAUCCAUCUCCGAAGCCAAGCCCCAACCCGUCACCAAACCCCUCGCCCUCAGGCGGAGGCAAGUGGUGUGUGGCCAAGUCGGGCGCGAGCGCAACCGACCUGCAGAACAACAUCAACUACGCCUGUGGCUACAUCGACUGUAAGCCGAUCCAGAGAGGCGGCGCCUGCUUUGAUCCCAACAACGUGCAGUCACACGCUUCGUACGUGAUGAACGCCUACUACCAGGCCAAUGGCCUGCACGACUACGACUGCGACUUCAAGGGCACCGGCGUGGUGACCUCUAGUGACCCCAGUUACGGGAGCUGCAAAUACGUCUCCUGA